AUUAGAGUAGCGCGGACGACGCGAUCGAGUGGAUCUCUUCCUAAAUGCGCGAUCAAUCGAUCGAUCGGCCGGAGCUGCGGAUCUAGAAAAUGCAAAGCGCGCAGGAUGGAGGUGGGAUUCGAUUGUCGCCGUGGAUCCGGGAGAGCGCGACGAUGUUUGCGCUCGCGGGAUCCAGCAAUAUGUGUGGAUCGGCAGUGACGAAUCCUGUCAACGUUGUCAAGGUGCGAAUGCAGCUGGAUGGAGCGUUGUCCGCGACUCGGGAAAGACACUACCAGGGACUCCUGAAAGGAAUCGUGCGUGUGUCCAAGGAAGAAGGCAUCUCGGGGCUAUGGCGAGGCACUGGAGCGGCUCUUUUGAGAGAAGCCUCGUAUUCCAGCAUUCGAAUGGGACUCUAUGAGCCACUCAAGAGGAUGCUUGGAGCUGAUAAUCCAUCACACACGCCUUUGUGGAUAAAAAUCACUGCCGGAUCUCUUGCAGGUGUAAUUGGUAGCGCUGUCGCAAAUCCUACCGAUGUUGUUAUGGUUCGUAUGCAAGCUCCGACUUCAUCUCAAGGUGGAUGGCACUACAAAGGCCCUCUCCAUGCCUUUUCAUCGAUUGCCAGGACCGAAGGCAUCCAAGGACUGUACAGAGGCGUGGUUCCGACAAUGCAACGAGCCGCGAUCUUAAACGCCGUCCAAGUCCCGGCUUACGAUCACACCAAGCACACGCUGCUCAACGCAGGCAUUGUCCGGGAAGGUAUAGUCUGCCAUUUGAUCUCGUCAAUGGUGGCGGGACUAGCAACAGCCAUAGCCAUCUCUCCAGUCGAUCUCAUAAGAACAAGGAUCAUGCAGCAGGCUGUGGAUUCGAAGGGCGACGGCGUGUUCUACUCGUCCUCUUUGGAUUGCUUGUGGAAGACUGUGAAAGUGGAAGGCUUUCGCGGGCUAUACAAAGGCUUCGUUCCGGUGUGGAUGCGAAUAGGACCCCACACCGUUAUCACCUUCUUUUGCUUUGAGCAAUUGAGAAGAGUUCUUGGAAUCAAACCAUUGUGAAUUGAUCAAAGGUAUGAAAUGCUUUUCAUUCAUUCUUG